AUGCGCUGUCACAGGUUGCAGGCCGGCCUGAGGAAAAGAUGUCAUGGCGUCAAGACGUUCUCCGUUGAGCUUUCGGCCUCUUGCUUGUUUUCUAAACGCCUGCUAUCGCGAAGGUUUUUCGCAGCGCUGCUGCAAGUACUACUGUGCUUUCCCAGCAGUCGUUUCGUCACGGCGGUGCUGCGCUUCCCAGACGACGACUUCGACUCGCGCUGGCCAUUGCACUAUCAAAUGUAAAAAUGUCUAGGUCUGGUUCUGGAAGAAUCCGAAAUUUGUUAUGCUGUUUUUGCAUGACACAGAAUGUCUGUCAUGGAAGCCCUAGCAUCACAGAUUUUUAGAGGCCUUCCUGAUGCCUAUUCCGCAUGACAAAUGCCCUCCACGCGUAGCAUAAACCGGACUCCUCUUGCUGGUCAUGCAAUACAGAAUUUUUUAGAGUCCAAAGUUAGCAUCACAAGUUCCAACCUUCCAGACCCAGACAUUUUUGCAACCCAUAUGCACUACACAGACUGCACAGGUCGGGGGACCGCCGAGCCUGGAACUGCCGGAGACUCUUCUGCAGCUGACACAAGCCUUUUUCCGCACGCCGAUUUAUCAGCACACGAGGACGACCGAUGUUUCCGGCAGUUGCAAGUCCACACGGGCGAGGACUUGGUAUGCGGUCAGGUGAUACCCGAGUUUUCGUUCGUGCCCCACACGCUGGAUCAGGUAGCUCUGUCCACCUGCACUGAAUUUGUCUCACUUUACAACGAAACUUUUGCCGCGGCUGAGGAGCAGAGGCAGACGGCAAUAAAAGGAGGCGAUAGCAUUAGCAGCGACGGGAAAAGUGCUGAUUCCAAAAGUCUUAUCCGAGAAACGCACGACGCUUACCUGGCGAAAUGGCAGCAGUUUGUGGAGUUGGUUCAGCGGCGAACCACGGAAGUUCUCUCGUACCUGCAGUCUGGUGCGGCUGAGGACCCGCAAAAGUAUCAGGAGCAGCUGGACGUGCCCGCCUACGCAAACACAACUCUGGACGUCUUGCAGGCACAUCUUUCCAAGCUCACAGAUGAAGUCGAGGCGGUGUGGGAGAGCGGAGUGCCGAAGCUGCUGCGAACCCCCAUGUCUGGACAGGGAGAAAUCGUGGAGGACGCUGCUUCAUCAUCUGUAACAACCGCAAACGCUAUGGAAAGCCUUUCUGACCUACUGCACGCCACUGCGCACGUGAUCUACACCAGGGUCUGCCUGCUCAUCGAGAACUGGUCCAUGACUGUGUUAACAAACUUUCACAUUUGGCGCCUGGAGGGCGAUUCGGCCGCAACGCACAUACUGGCAAGCCUGCGAGGCAACACGAAGAUACCCCAGCCGAAUUACAUUUUUCACGACAUCGGCCCGAAAAGGUGGAACGUCUUGCGCUAUCUGAUCGAAAAUAAACUACCAAGAAAGGGCCUACUCGCUAGCAGUACCGACGGGAAAGCAACAAUAAUAAAUGGCGACAAUCAACCAUACAAAAUCCGCAUGCUGGAGGUCGGCGUGGACCAAGCCAAUACGACCGAGCGCCUGCUUCAAACCUACUCGAACCUUUUCCAUGUCGGCGUAGAUCCUUGGCAAAAUAAACCAGUGGAGACGGGUGUUCGUGAUGUUGCGGUCAAUGGAGAUCUGACGUUCGAACGGGUUCAGUCCAAGCUGCGGCGGUUCGGCGACCGGUCGGUACUACUACGCAUGACCAGCUACGAGGCGUCGCUUCUGUACGAACCUGCUUCCUCUGCCGCUGCGGUCGGAGCAGCUGGCGAAUUGCAGCAGGACAGAGCUGCAGCUUCGUCUGCGAACUCAAUUAGCGAAAGCGAUGGCGAGAAAAAAUUCGACCUGAUUUUUCUCGACGCGCUGCAUGACCACGCAAGCGUAGUGCAAGAUGUCCUGCAGUGGAUUUGGAAGGUCGAUUUUGCGAACGGUGCGAUUCUCUGCGGACAUGACUACCAAUGGCAAUACCCAGGACUUCCCAUGUAUGGUAUUGAAAAUCUUGAGUCAAGGCAGAGCAUGUUUCUCAGAAAUAUUUUAUGUAGGUAGUCGUGCUUCAAGAGCAGGAGACAAAGAGGUGGAACGUGUGUCUUCUACACGAUGCCAAAAGGCAAUGUGCAGGCAGUGCUGGUUGCAAGUGUAGCGCAUGACUGACGUCUUGAUUCAAGAUUUUGCUAUUAUACGCUGGCUGUAGUCACGGUAGCGCAACGUGUAGGGAAGCAGGUUCACCUGAGCAGUGAUGGUAUGUGGUGGAUGGAGUUCCUGUAGCGAACAAGACGAAGGAGCGGAAGCAAACAUAUUGACAUACAGGCUCACGAAAGAACACCGCAAUAUUGCCACCAAGAUAAGCCUGCCGUUUUUUUUUCAAGCUACAGUAGCGC